AUGCCACAAGUCACCGAGCAAGCUUUCUUCGGCGGGGCCAUUCGAGGCAUCGUGCCGCAAGGCUGGAUCGACUCAAGCACUCUCCGCGAAGUCCCAGACCACCAAGAACUCUGGCUCUCCCCAACAACCCUGUCAAGCCUAAUCAUCGAAAUAAACCAGCGCGUCUCCCAAGACGAAGCCCUAAAAACCUACGCUGCACUUAACAACAACCAAGCACCCACCGCCCCCGCACCAGAAAUCAUCGACCAAGCAGCCGCCCUCUACCACCUACACGACCUCUGCGACGAAGGCGAUACCAUGCAGGUUAUCAAGCCGCCGCAGCGUGUCGAUGUCCGGCUCGCUGCCUCCACGCCCUCUCCUGUGACGGCGUACUGCGGGAUUGUCUCUUUCACGGCGCCGGUGCGGGGUGCGGAGGCUCGCAUCCCUGCUUCGGCGGAGGGGGCUGCGGCGGGUCUUGAGGGGGGUUUGCCGAGGGUUUCGAGGACAAGUUGUCAUUACUUGCUUGUUAGGCUUGAGGCCCAGGAGACAGAUUUGUUGGUUUUCUUCAAUGUGCCGCAUGAGGAGUUUGAUAAGAGUGGGAAUGCUAUGGGACUGUCGGCAGAGGAGGUUGUUGCGGAGGAGACGGUUGGGGAGAUGGUUGGGAGGUUGGAGGUCUGUGAUUGGGGGUUGUUUGUUUGA